CCGUCCCGUCCGCCCGGACUUUACCUCCCGGCCGGGCCCGCGCCGCGCCGGGCCGCUCCGGGCCAUGUGAGCCACAGGCCGGGCCGCGGGGCCGUCUCCGAACCGGCACGGGCACCGCCUCGGCCACCGGCUCCGAUCCGCUCCGGCACCGCUCCGGCUCCACCUCAGCUGCCGGCCCGGGCUCGGCUCCAGCAUGGAGCGCAGGAAGGUCUUCGUGGUGCUCGAUGUUCUCUGCGUGGUGGUCGCCUCUCUGCCCUUCGUCAUCCUCACGCUGGUCAACUCCCCAUACAACCGAGGCUUCUACUGCAACGACGACUCCAUCCGCUACCCCUACAAGGCAGACACCAUCACCCACGGCCUCAUGGCUGGCGUCACCAUCACCUGCACCGUUGUCAUUAUCUCGGCAGGGGAGGCUUAUCUGGUCUACACAGAGCGUCUCUACUCCAAGUCAGAGUUCAACAACUACCUGGCUGCCCUCUACAAGGUGGUGGGGACUUUCCUCUUCGGGGGGGCCAUCAGCCAGUCCCUGACCGACCUGGCCAAAUACAUGAUCGGCCGCCUGCGGCCAAACUUUCUGGCUGUCUGCAAUCCCGACUGGUCCAAGGUGAACUGCUCCGUCUACGUGCAGCUGGAGAACAUCUGCCAGGGGGAGAGCAGGAAUGUCACCGAGUCCAGACUGUCCUUCUACUCUGGGCACUCCUCCUUCGGCAUGUACUGCAUGGUGUUUCUGGCGCUCUACGUGCAAGCUCGCCUGGUGUGGAAGUGGGCCCGCCUGCUGCGCCCCACCAUCCAGUUCUUCCUCAUCGCCUUUGCCAUCUAUGUGGGCUACACCCGCGUCUCCGACUACAAGCACCACUGGAGCGACGUGCUGGCGGGGCUGCUCCAGGGGGCCCUCAUCGCCGUCCUCACCGUCCGCUAUGUGUCCGACUUCUUCAAGCACCGUCCCCCGCUGCAGUGCGAGGAGAAGGACGUGGAGCGCAAGCCCAGCCUGCCCCUGACCAUGAGCGACCCUGAUCGCAAUCACUACAGCUACCGGGGUGCCCCGUGAGCCGCGCGCGCCCCGGCGUCCGCGGGCACCCAGCCCCUCUCCUGACACCUUGGGGCACGGCUCCCUGGACCCUGAGGGACCCGCCUGCGCCCUGCCGCGGGGCCGGGCACUUGGCACAUGGGGGGCACUGGGCUGGCAACGUGCGCCGAACCACCAGCAGGCUCCUCGGGAAGGCUGAGGCUGCCUGGAGCCGAGCAUCCUCGUCAAAACAUGCAGCCUUACGAGUACAAAUCCUCCCCGGCGCAAGGGGAGGAGGGCAGCCGCUGGGCUAGCGGGACUUUUUUGGAAAGGAUUAAAGCAAACCGGAGUUCUUCUCCACUCCCCGAUUGCCUUUAAAAGCGCUGCUGGGAGUGUGGGACGCGCUGGGCCAGGCUUGCUGCCCAGCGCCUGAUGCCACGGGGCUGUGGCAGCUGCUUCUCGCCCCCCUGUGGGCUCUAGGCUCCCUAGCAGCUUCAGCCCACCCUUUGAGGGGUGCAGGGGGUGGGCAGGGGCAAGGGGCAACAUCUGCUCUGCUAAGAGAAGGUAAAUCACGAUGCGGAGCUGGAUAUACCACUCCAAACUCCUUAGGAAGGUGGGAAAGGAGCCCUUCGCCAUCCUGUCUCCCAUGUGCAGCUGCUCUGGUGCUGGAGAGCUGUGGGCCUCUUCUCAAACUGCGUGCAUUUUCAUAAUGAUGUGUUUUUAUAAAAAUGUUUUUUAAAUUAGAUCAUCCUUAAAGAA